UUAGUUGUCGGUCCACAACUUGAGACUAGAGAAGAUGGCGGUGAACGUGAUGCUGGUUUCCUCCGUGGACUACAAUCUGUCUAAAGCGGAGAUUCUGAGAGCGAUCGUCGCCGAUAAACUGACCGCCGCCGCGCAGGAGAUCUUAGCGGUGGUCGAGAGAACUCUGGCCGGAUACGAGGAGGAGACCUCGGACCUGAGGGAGGAGAACGAGCGGCAGAGGAGGCUGCUGGAGCUUCUCCUGCAGCCUCGGGUCACUCUAUGCAGGACAGAUGAACCUGCGUGUGAAGAAGAGGAGGAGUCAUCUAGACGAUGGCAACAAAGGCCCAAGGAGGAAGAGGAAGAGCAGCAGACAUCCGUUCAUACGACAGCUGACACCAUCAGUCCCCUAAAGGAUGUGGAGGAGGAGGGGAGCCCGGACGCCUGCCACCCCGCUGAGGAAGAGGAGGGUGAAGAGUGUGCCGAGGAGGCGGCACAGAGCCCCGGUCUGGACCAUGAGGCGGCACAGAGCCCCGGUCUGGACCAUGAGGCGGCACAGAGCCCCGGUCUGGACCAGGAGGCUCUGACGGAGCCGGGGCAACACGUACCAGACACAAGGCUCAGAGCUGGGACUCAGAAGAGGAAGCUCAGGAAGGCUCUGACCCUGCGAGUCUGUCUGUUGAAGGACUCUCAGACCAAGACGCUCCUGAAAGGAGUGUUAAAGUCUCCGAUGAAGCAUCUGCGGGUCCCCCGAGGCCUGCAGGAAGCGGACUUCCUGGACCUGCUGAGGUCCACCUUCCCUCAGCUGAUUGGCCCGUUUGAAGCCUUCACCACCGACGCCACCAGGAAACUGACACCGCUGGCGGCCCGGGCGCUGACGCCAGAGGAGAUCAGGAGGUCCAUCAGGUCCUCGGGGAAAGGAAGGUCGGCCUUGUACGUCCGAGUGAAGGCAGCGAAGACAUCCCUGACGAGCACGGAGCAACUUCCUGUCCCUCAGCAGAGAGAACAGGAAGCCGCCGGGGACACAGGAAGUGAUGUAAACAGGGAAGAUUUCGGCAGUUCCAACAACAGUCCUGUAGGGAGAGAGGAGAGCGACGAGGCGGCCGGUCCGUCCCGCAGGUCGAGGCGGCAAAAACAGACGGAAACUGAGGAACAACGGCGAGCCGGGACAUCAGAAGAAGACGACGCCGCUGCCCUUUCUUCUUCUGCCGCUGACAGCGAACGGGACGACGGAGACGACGACGAUGAUGGCGAGUGGGAACCAGGCGAGCGUGACGAGGAGGAGGAGCCAAAGGAGUGCCAAGCUGCCGAGAGGAGAGGGAGGCGGAACGCGCUCGGAGUCAAAAAGAAGAAAAGGGAACCGAGCCGCGGCGGCGCUCCCGUGUCGUGCAGAGUGUGCCACGCUCUGCGCGGGUCGACCAGCAUGCUGAUCAAACACGCCGUGAGUCACGUGGACGAGCCCGAGGGGCUCUGCGGCGUGUGCGGACGGCGUUGGGAGUCCGCGGAGGAGCUGAGGAGUCACCUGCAGAGUCACCAGGAGACGCACGGCUGCGACGUCUGCGGGAAGGCCUUCCUCUCCGCCGUCACUCUCCGCCGGCACGCCGCUCUGCACACGGGCGAGCGGCCGUACAAGUGCGACAUCUGCGGCAAAGCGUACACGCUCAAAUCCAGCCUGAGCGCGCACCGGUUCCAGCACAUGGAGGAGAAACCCCACAAGUGCGACGUCUGCGGCCAGUCGUUCAGCUCCAAGUCCCUGCUGAGGGUCCACGGCGCCAAGCACACGGGGGAGAAGCCGUUCCGCUGCGACGUGUGCGGCCAAUCGGUCAGCCACUUCCGAGCGCUGUCGCUGCACAAGAUGGCGCACGCCGGCGAUCGGCGCUACAGUUGCCCGGAUUGCGGGAGGCGCUUUUUGACUCCCGGGAAAAUGAGAGAACACGCAAAAAUCCACACGGAGCGAGCCCGGAGCCACCUCUGCGACGUUUGCUGCAAAGCGUUCCACACGGGAGGCGAGUUGCGGGUCCACAUGAAGACGCACGGCGAGGAGAAGACGGUGUGCGGCGAAUGCGGUAAGGGGUUGUCGUCUCUCGGCGCCCUGACGAGACACAUGAGGAUCCACACAGGGGAGAGACCGUACGAGUGCUCCGAGUGCGGGCGGACCUUCAAGUCCAUGUCCACGCUCAGGGGUCACGAGAAAACGCACACAGGCGCCAAGCCGUUUGUGUGCGCCGUUUGCGGCAAGGCGUGCGCUCGCAAGGAGUACCUGAACGUCCACAUGAGGACGCACAACGGGGAGAGACCGUACAAGUGCACGCUCUGCGACCGGGCCUUCACGCAGAGCCACUGUCUGAAAACGCACGUGAUGAAGAGCCACCAGGGCGAAGCGGAGAGAGCCGCGGACGCGCUCGAGUCCUGAAGCUGUUUGAUUGCUUUUUCUUUUUUGUAUUAAAGAGGAAUUACAGUUUUUCAACCUGGA